UUAGAGGGCCAGUAGCCGCGAUCCGAGGCUUCCUGGUGGCUUCUCCACCCGAGCGCGUCUGCGCCAGGACCACGGUGUCUCCAGCCCUCGCGUCUCGAGCCCCCGCGUCCCCGCGCCUAGGCCACCACGGAAGGAUGCACCGUGCGCCGACGGCCGGAGCAGCCCUGGUGCUGUGCGCCGCCACCGCAGGGCUGCUGAGCGCGCAGGGCCGCGCGGCGCCCACAGAGUCGCCGCGCUUCGCGUCCUGGGACGAGAUGAAUGUGCUGGCGCACGGGCUCCUGCAGCUCGGCCACGGGCUCCGCGAGCACGUGGAGCGCACCCGUGAGCAGCUGGACGCGCUGGAGCGACGUCUGGGCGCCUGCGGGGCCGCUUGCAAGGAGCCCGGGGUGUCCAGCGCGCCCCCGCACGCCCCGGCAAAUCUGGUCCCCCGCGGCGAGGCCGCCCCCGAGACCCUCGGCAGCCUGCAGACUCAGCUCAAGGCUCAGAACAGCAGGAUCGAGCAACUCUUCCAGAAAGUGAACCAGCAGCAGCGGCAUCUGGAGAAGCAGCGCCUGAGAAUCCAGAAUCUGCAGAGCCAGGUGGACCUCCUGGCCCCCAUGCACCUGGGCCAUGGGGGGGCUAAGUCUGCCGGGAGAAGGAGGCUACCCAAGAUGGCCCAGCUUGUUGGCCCGGCGCACAAUAUCAGCCGCCUGCACAGGCUGCCCAGGGACUGCCAGGAGCUGUUCGAAGUGGGAGAGCGGCAAAGUGGACUGUUCCAGAUCCAGCCUCAGGGGUCUCCCCCAUUCCUGGUUAACUGCAAGAUGACCUCAGAUGGAGGCUGGACCGUAAUCCAGAGACGCCGGGAUGGCUCCGUGGACUUUAACCAGCCCUGGGAAGCCUACAAGGCUGGCUUCGGAGACCCCCAAGGCGAGUUCUGGCUGGGCCUGGAGAAGGUGCAUCUCAUCAUGGGGGACCGCAGCAGCCGCCUGGCCGUGCAGCUGCAGGACUGGGAGGGCAACGCAGAGUCCCUGCAGUUCCCCGUCCACCUGGGUGGCGAGGACACCGCCUACAGCCUGCAACUCACAGCGCCCGUGGCCAGCGAACUGGGUGCCACCACUGUCGCCCCCAAUGGCCUCUCCUUGCCCUUCUCCACUUGGGACCAGGACCACGACCUCCGCAGGGACAAGAACUGUGCCAAGAGCCUCUCAGGUGGCUGGUGGUUCGGCACCUGUGGCCACUCCAACCUUAAUGGCCAGUACUUCCGCUCCAUCCCUCUUCAACGGCAGCAGCGCAAGAAGGGCAUCUUCUGGAAGACCUGGCGGGGCCGCUACUACCCGCUGCAGGCCACCACCAUGCUGAUCCAGCCCACAGCAGCCGACGCAGCCUCCUAGCCCCCUCUAUGGGGCCUGGACCCAGGCUCCUGGAGGACAGGACUCUGAAUCUGGCUCAGCUUGUGGCCACUCCCUGCCCAGGCAGGGGCUCUGGGCCGGGGCCAUCUGGAGACUCAUGGACAGUGAAGCCCAUGACUGGAGAGGCCCCCUUUCUGAGUGGGGGCUGCAGGCCAUGCCCUCUGAGAAGUACGGAGCUACAGAGGUGCAGAGUACAGACCCGGGAAGCUCGAGACUGAGGAGCACUGAGGCCCGCUCCUUGCCCGCCCGAGGAGUAAGGACGCAGAGGGACCACUCGGGGGCAGCCAGGCUGGCCCUCGAUGGCGGAUUCAGUCACAUUGACUGGCCAGGGGACCGGGGCUCCCAUGGCCCCUGGGCACCUGCAUGGUACUGUGGUGUGUGGGUGCUGUGGGUGGAGCGGCCACCAGCGGUGUCUGGGCGGAGCUCGCGGAAUUCUUGGAAUAAAACUAACC